AGCACAGUAGAUAUAAACAGGAGCUACUGAUAGAGACCACCAGUGGUUAGAGAGAGAAUCAUGUCUUUUCUCAGUGUGGUUAGCCUGUUGGUGCUGCUGUUCGUGGCAGCCUGUUCUGGGCGACAGGGUGUUGGCCCUGGCGAGCAGGACUGGGGCUAUAUAGACGUCCGUGAUGGGGGGCACAUGUUCUACUGGCUGUACUACACCACUGCCACGACUGACUAUGCCACGCGGCCACUUGUCAUCUGGCUGCAAGGUGGGCCCAGAGCUUCUGGCACAGGUUAUGGUAACUUCGAGGAGCUCGGCAUUGUUGACACUGACCUCAAUGUCCGGAAUUCAUCUUGGGUUCAUAAGGUGAAUGUAUUAUUUAUAGAUAAUCCUGUGGGAACAGGAUACAGUUAUGUGGACAGUAACUCCUUGUAUACAACUACAAAUGCAGAAAUUGCUACUGAUUUACUUACCUUUAUUAAGGUAUUUGUGGAACAGUACCCCACUUUUCAAGCUGUUCCACUCUACAUAUUCAGUGAAUCAUAUGGUGGAAAAAUGGCGUCAGAGUUUGCCCUUGAACUGUACAAGGCAAUACAAGCUGGUGAAGUGACAGUCCCACUUAGAGGAGUUGCUAUGGGAGAUUCUUGGAUUUCUCCCAUAGAUUCAGUACUCACCUGGGCACCAUUUCUUCUGCAAACUGGUAUGAUAGAUAGUGAAGGUUAUGCUGAAAUUGAUCGGUAUGCUCAGUUAACAAAUGAUGCUGUCAAUGCUGGAAAUUAUGGUUUGGCCACAUCACUGUGGUCAAUUACAGAAAAUGUUAUUUUAUCAGUAACAUCCAAUAUAGAUUUCUACAACAUACUGUACAAAGUUAAUGGUUAUGGAAGGCACUUACACAAAGCAGAACUCAGAGGACUGAAUAGAGCAUCUGAUGAAGAGCUAAAUGAACUGAUGAAUGGCUAUGUGAGAAACAUCCUGGGAGAUGUGAUUCCUUCCAAUGUUUCCUGGGGUUCUCAGAGUUCUUAUGUUUCUAAUGCUCUAAAUGAUGAUUUUAUGAAACCAGUAACAGAUGUUGUUGAAUCACUUCUCAAUGAGACUGACAUUGCUGUAGUAGUGUACACUGGAAAUCUGGAUCCCAUUGUCGACACACCAGGUACACUAAAGUGGGUAGAAAACUUAAAGUGGGCUGGUGCUCAAAGCUGGGAGGAAUCAGACCAUUCACCUAUAAUGGUUAAUGGUAUCAUUGAAGGCUACUACAAGAAAUAUGACAACUUUGCCUUCUAUUGGAUUACACGUUCUGGCCAUAUGGUUCCAACUGACAAUCCUGAUGGUGCACUUUGGAUGCUGAAAGAUGUCACUCAAUAUGAGUAAAAACAGUCAAGAAAGAAGAACUGCUCUGAGAUUAGUUUAAUUUCUUGGGUAUGUCUAAUGUGUAUUAUUAGUGAUUCACAAUAAAAU